GGAUAAACUUGAUUCACAAAGCUGCAACUGAGGAAGCAGGUUACACGUUAGCAGUUGUACGCGAAAACUUCGUAGUCACGGCGCCUGUUCGUAUUGAUCGCCGAAGUGAGUCAUUCUUGUUGUGGUUGAACACGCGGUGACAACCAGCGUUAUUGUUGUGUGCAGUGGUUGUGUGGUGAGGGACGAAUUUCAUAUGAAGAGUGAACAGCACGAUCUCUUGAUGGUUCGUAACUGUGUUCCUCCCAAGAUGGAGACUACGUUUUACGAGGACCACUCUUUUCAACAUAGGUUAAAUGGUGAUGUAAACCAGUUGAAACGAAGCAUGACUUUGGACUUGAAUGCGUCUCGGGGGCCAGCGAAAAGGCCAAAAUUUAAUGCAGCUGUGACCGCGGCCCCAGUGUUGUCCUCGCCUGAUCUCAACAUGCUUAAAUUAGGCUCUCCUGAGCUUGAGAAACUUAUAAUUGCACAGCAGAAUGGUUUGGUUACAACGACGCCAACCCCAACACAGAUAUUAUUUCCCAGGACAGUGACAGAAGAACAGGAGAUGUAUGCACGCGGGUUUGUAGAUGCAUUGAACGAGCUACAUACGAGCGAUUCCAGCCAGAUGAGCUCAACGGGAGGUUUGCAGCCCGUAGAUGUACCUGUCACCAGCAGUAACAAUAUUGCAGGCGUCGGCGUCACCUAUACAACGCUGGAGCCACAUGGUCAGGUUGUUAUCAGUCAGGCAAAUUCAUUCCCUCCAAUAUCGUCUGCUGGUUACGGUAUUCUGUCGUCUCCAGCUCCAGCCAUCAUGGUGAAAGAUGAACCACAAACUGUUCCAAGUCUCGGAUCGACACCACCGCUGUCUCCCAUCAACAUGGAGUGCCAGGAGAAGAUCAAACUGGAGAGGAAGAGGCAGAGGAAUAGGAUAGCAGCUUCCAAAUGCAGACGACGCAAGUUGGAGCGUAUUUCUAGACUAGAGGACAAAGUAAAGCUUCUGAAAGGUGAGAACACAGAACUCGGCAGUGUUGUGCAUAAGCUGAAAGAACAGGUGUGCCAGCUGAAAGAACAAGUGAUGGAUCACGUGCACAGUGGAUGCCAAAUAAUGGUGUCCGCCCACUUCUGAACCGAGGACUCCCCGGGAUGAAACCCGGCGAUGUGUGUGUGUGUACCAGGAAUAUCCUUGCCUCUUUAUUUACGGGUUUGGUUUUUAAGGUAACUUGAGAUGUAAUAGUCACAACAAAAGCUGUAACAUCAGCUUAUACUUAACAUAUAAAAGUGUCUGUAUUAAUUUGUAUAUCGGCCUGUCUUCAUUCAGUUAAAUUUUGAAAAUUGUGUAGGAAACAUGCCCUUAUAUGAAAGGGUCAAAGGUAUGCUCAAUUUUGAAAUCUGCGUGGAAAUAGUCAAGUUUACGAAGAAAACCGAACUUUAGUUUUCAAUACCUACGUGAUAUAGCAGUUGGGAACGCAUGACCGGUCCAAGUGCGUGGAAAAUAAAUGGUGCCUGGCGCGAGGCUAGUUUAGCAGCAACUGGCCUUGUCCGAACUUGCGUAAUUCAUCGCCACAAGCGACGUCAUAUUGAGAACAGGAUUAGUUUGAAGUUGGUGCCCCCUCUCAUCCUUCAGACGUUGCAGUUGACAACGGUUUUAUUUCCCAAAGGGAAACUGAUAGUAUUACGAAACUAUAGUGACUUCUUUUUACAUUUUUGUCGUCUUUGAUGCUGAGUGUGAAUUUACAAAUAUGCAUUCCUGAAUCGAUAAAGUGGACAUAUGUUUCAUACAGGAAACAUUCACAUUUCUGGCCCCCUAUUAUAAGUUAUAGGAGGUAAAUGUGCAUCUAGUCGCAACCCAAUGUGGUAAUACUUUCGUGUGUGUGUAUAUAUAUAUAUAUGUGAUUUUUACAUGCUGUGCAAAGCUAUAUUUACCUUAUCUUUUGAAUGGUUUGCUAAGCAGGGAAUUUUUAGAAUUUUCGCUAAGAGCCGUUUUAUAUUGAAAAGUGCUGAGCCGCGAAUAUUUAUCAUUACCAGUUUUAAUUGCUUGUUGUGUGAUUUAAUAUUUGAAAGUGCUUUCAACAAUUUGUAGAAAAUGUAUUGCCUGUUGGCAGUCUACAUUUGUAAUGCAAAUCCUUCCAAUAUGCAAUGUGCCUUUUGAACAGAGAUUUGAGUUUUUGAAUCUAUCAGAAUCCUCAUUUUUUCUAAACAAGUUACAGGAAAGAAGCUCUGGUAUGUGUAUAUACAUGCAUUUUCUACAAUAUAUCAUUAGCAUUCACCUUCAAUAAGAUAUUUUUGUGUGCUGGUAUGUGAUCUAGAAGAUAGAUUCCAUAAAUCUUUUUUAUGAAUGACUUUAUUUUUGAAAAAAUAAAUUGAUAUUUGAGAA